CAAGGAACCAGAGACAUGGCACCACCGGGAAAAAAAUCCUCAGACGUGGCACCACCGCAAAGAGUCUCAGACUGUAAACAAUCGCGAUGGAAGGAGCAAGAGACUGAAAAAUUCUCUUCCUUUUCCUCGUUUUCUCCCUCACAAUCUCACCUCAUCAUGCCGGUGACCAGCCCAGUGUCCCCUAGAGUGUUCAAAGCUAUAGAAAAAUCCGACAUCCACACUCUAGCAUGUUGUCGCGAGGAGGAAAUAAGGGCCAUCCUGCCAUGCCUGGUGAGGAUGAGCUUGAUCGCGCCCCUGGACCACUCCGAGGAAUGCAUUGCAGGCAGGAAAGUCAUCCUCAGGAUCCUCUCGGGAAUUGAGGUGGUUAAUUCCCUCGUGGCUCUCCUUUCCAUUGACUUCCCUGCGUUGGAGAUUGACGUGAAGAAGGAACAGCAGCUGAGACAAAAACUUGGAGGUGGAAGCCAAAAUGAGAGUGUCCUUGUUCAGAACCUGGCCAAUGGACUGGCACUUGAGUUUGAGUGUUCGGAUCCCACAAGAAGACUGCGCUUACUGCUGUCAGAAUUACUCUUGGUCAUGGCACAGAUUCGCGAUCCCCAUCAAGAUUUCUACCACAAAUCAUCCGAGCUGUUUGACAACCCAUGCUACCUUGAAGAAGUGAGUGAUGUGCUAUGCAUUGCCCUUGCUGAACUACCUGCACUGCUUCCUCCAGCAGAAGUCGCUGAGGCUCUUCUCCAUGUCACCAAUGGGCCGACGUUGAUUGCCCGAAUGGUGGCAAAUCAACCUGACUGUUUUAGAGAAGUUGUGACUGGGUUGGUGAUGUCAGGUGACAAGCAGGAUGAGGAUACACCAGGGGGUUUGCUGCGCCUCCAGGCUGUGCGAACAUUGUGCCAAAUGAAUCCUAGUCAGGCACUUAAUGUUCGGGCUCUUUGUGUAGAGCAGUGCCGGAUGCCAGGCUUGGCUGUGUAUCUAACCCUAGAUGCAGGGAAGGCAGGGUCAGGUGUAGCAGGAAGUUCUGGAACUGUUGGAAGCAGUGUUUAUGGAGGCGAAGGCGGUGAUGCAGUCAGCUUCAUUACAGGUUUACUCCUUUCACACAACCACCAGCAGCGUACUUGGUUUGCGCAUUUUGUUAAAAGUGGACAAAGGAGAAAAUACGAACAACAGGCUUCAGCACUGGCAGCUCUACGGACAGAUCUGAGCGAGCGUCUGAGGAAUCUCCUUCUCUUCAAUAGCAAUGACACACUGCCAGACUCACAGGUCAUUCAUGCCACUGCUCUGCUGAGACUAUAUUGUGCUCUCAAAAGCUUAGCAAACCUCAAAUUCAGUGAAGACAAAGAGAUUGGGUUGCUUCUCCAGCUGGUCACUUGUCACCCACCACCAUCAGCUGCAGGUGUGAGGUUUGUCAGCACAGGUCUCUGUAUGCUUAUUGCGUGUCCCUCACUCAUCUCAUCCCAAGAGAAUGAGCGGAAAGCAUCUGAGUGGAUCAAGUGGUUGGUAAAAGAGGAGGCAUACUUUGCUGGAGCAAGUGGUGUUUCUUCUUCAUUUGGUGCUAUGUUGUUAUUGAUGGCUAUACACUUCCAUGUACAACAGCUGAGUGCCAUCAUAGAAUUAGUCAGUGCAGCUCUUGGAAUGAAGGUUCUGACGAGAGCUAAUAACCUCUCCCGUAUCAAGUAUAUCUUCACCCAUGAUGUAUUUACAGAGCAGGUUGUAACGGCUCAUGCAGUCAAAGUACCAGUGACAUCAGGGUUAAAUGCAAAUAUCCCUGGAUUUCUUCCUGUUCAUUGUGUGUAUCAUCAACUCAAGAGCAGAAUGUUCACCAAACAUAAAGUCCCCAUCAAAGAUUGGAUAUACAAUCAAAUUUGUGCAUCUGUAACACCACUUCAUCCAGUAAUGCCACAGUUAAUAGAGGUGUAUGUCAAUUCCAUUAUCUUACCUGCUAGCAAAGGAGGCCUUUCUGAUACCUUUAACGAGCCAAUAUCGGAGGAAGAAAUUAUGUCUGUUUUUUCGCAAUCAAUAUUUACUGAAAAAGCUUCUUCAGUAGUGAAUCAGAGCUCAAAGCCAACAACUUUACAUGCCUCUGCACCUUCCGAAAUCUCAGCAGAAGAAAAUCACUGCUUCGGGAAAAGUCUCCAUUUAUGUCAGGUGCCUCAGCUGGUCACAUUAUGCCUUCACCUUCCGUCAGGACACAUCACCGGAUUUCCAAUACCUCUUGUAAUGGAUAAUAGGUCUUGUCUUUUCACAUUGCAAAGCUAUGUCCUGAUUGCCAGGAUGAGGUCUCAUGCAUACUUAGAUAUUUCCAAUUUUACCCAAGAUUUUACCCAUCAGUAUUGGAACAAGGAUCUAUACUUCUUCACUGAUGGGAAGUCCAUAAGUGUAAAUGUGACAUCAGUGAUGACAUCACAGUUGCUGCUGUUGUAUUACUUGCUGCUGUAUGAGGAUGUACGGCUGAACAAUACACUCCAGCUACUGGCAAACAGUCGGCGUAUCCAUUCUUACUCUCCGCAUCUGUUUGCUCAGUUACCCAUAAGAUACCUGCUUUCACAUGCUCAGAAGGAACAGAGGCUAUAUGCAGAAACAGAAAUAUGCUGUGCCUGGUGGAAGACUGGCUUUAUCAGAGUCCAUCAGCUAACUCCAGCCUGGGGAUCUUUGCCACCUCCAGUGCCUCUUGAUCCUCAGUCUGUAACGAAAGCCAUGGAAGACGCUGCCGACAAACCUGGAAGGCUCCUCAUCGUGUUGGACCGUCUGAUGCGCAUGCCUCCUCACCAAGUGUGGCCUCUGGCUGCCCCUAUCACUGCCUCUAUUAAGUGCCUCUUGCAACCUGGAGUGCCUCGGAAAGUCCUAGACACGUACCGGCAAGUUUGGAUGAGGCUAAACUCACUCUUUCCUCGUCGUCUCUGGGCCAUGUCCGUUGAGGGACUACAGCCGGAGCAGCCUCAGAGCAAGUUGAGAAAGGCACUUACAGAGGAUGACAUCAUUCUGGAUCCUCUGUAUGUGCUUCGAUGUGAUCCGAGAGUUAAUAGGUGUGCCCCUCUCCUGCAGUUGGUUAUAUACAUGCUUCAGGUGUAUCUCCUGUCUUCCCGUACAUUCCUCUCUCAGCAAAUGCAAAACACACCCCUAGUGAACACUCCACACACUCCUGUGGGGGGAAAUACCACCACCCCACCACAGGCUCUUGAGGAGGAGAGGGAAAAGCUCCGGGGAGCUCUCGUGCUCACACAGGAAAGUGCUGCGGUACAAAUCCUGCUGGAGGCCUGUCUCAUGAACAGUGAUGAGAAGGUGGGCACCCUUACAGAUGGUGCUGGAGCUCUGACUCUCCAAGAAAUAAGAAGUGUUGCAUGUUCUUUCAUCCAUCAAGCGUUUCUUAAGGACACUACACUGGCUAAAUUAGUGCACUUUCAGGGUUACCCUGGAGAACUCAUAGGCCCAGUUGUGCGUGGUGUUCCCUCCAUGCACAUUGCAAUUGGCCUCAAUUGGAUCCCAGAGCUUCUUCAGCUGCCAGACUUGGACAAGCAAAUGUUUGCCGUAGAGCUUACAUCCCACUUGGCCCUCCAGAAUGCCAUGCCUUCAACCCUGAGUAUUUCUAGGCUGGCAAUCAAUACUUUAGCUACUCUUCUGUCAGUUCUGGGAGAGGAAGAAAGACUAUCCAUCAUGGAAGCCUCGUUGCCAUCUUUGGUGCGUAUUGGCCGAGCCUUCCCCUCCCUCAUCGAUGAUUUGCUCCACUUACUGGUGAUGUACGGACGGGUUGGUGCAGCACAUUCUGCCCUGUCUACUGCACCAUCACCACAUUCAAUAGCAUUUCUUGACAAACCAGACUAUGAGGAGGAUGUGGCUUGCGAGACCAUUCCAUGGUUGAGGCCAAGAAAAGUGCCGCAAGAAGACAGCCUUUACGCGCGUAUCAUAUCUACCUUCAAGGAGUUGGUCAUUGCUAGUACAAUGACCCACAAUCUGUACUGAGAAAUUUCAUUGGGCUAACAUAGCAUCAUAUGUACAUUUAAGGGGAAUAGCCAGUGAACAGGUUCUGUUUGAUUGGAUAAAUCCAUUUAGUUGGAUCCAAGAUAUGCAAUGGUUUCUAAGUUUGGGGGGUAAUUUUGUUGCAUAAUUUAACUUGUUCAUGUGUUCUCAUGUUUUUGAUAGGGAAUAUAGUAUAGCUAUUGGCUAUUGAUGCAAAGAUAGAGACUUUGGAUGUCUAAAAACUUCAACCUCUCAGAUCAUUACAAAAUUUGGAUCAGAUAAAGCUUUCAGAAUUCCAAGGGAAAAAAUUAGAAUUUAAAAGGAGUAGCUUUAAAUGAAUAUAUUAAAUUUGCCAGAAAUCUUUUUAAGUUUAUUGGAAAAAAGAAUAUGAUGUUGUAAAGAAGGUUAAGUCCAAAAUGUAUGUGGACAAUAUUUUUGUAUGAUCUUUUUUUGAGAGUGUGCAUAUAUUGUUAAGUAAUUGUGUAGGAAUUUAGUUGCCAUUAUUCUUUUCCAUUUGAUUUCAUAGCUACACAGGUACUAUGUUAGAUUUUGUAAGAUUACAAUAAAAUAUAUAGUGAUACAAAAGAAAAUA